UCAUGCCUGGUGACGUCAGGUUGAUAUCUUUAACUGCGCAUGCGUGUGUGGCAGUGUCCCCCUCCGGACGUGUGUCCUAAAGAUUGCAAAUGAUAUAUUAUUGUUGAGAAAUUUAACCCAUAACAGAAUACAAUUGAAGGUGAAUACAAUGCUCCGACUCAGUGUAAGAGCAGCUGAUGCUGCAGCCCGGAGGCGACUCUGCCAAAGAGGGCCGCGGAUCAUUCUUCAACAUUCUCGACCCUAUACAGAAGGAAAUACUGGUGGUUCAGCUGCUAAAAUAGUUGCAGCAGGCUUGGUUUCAUUUGGAGGUGGAAUCGGGGGUACGGUCCUAUACGCUAAAUGGGACUCAAAGUUCCGGACCACGGUGGAGAAGAAUGUUCCGUACUCAGAUUUGUUAUUUGGAUUGGCUUUAGGGCCUGCUACCUCUUUGGAUUCCACUCCGACCAAGAAACAGCUGGAGUUGGCCCAGCCACCUUCUCUGAUGCUAGAGGAGGCCAAAUCAUCCAAGAAUAAAGCAAAGAAAGUUCCAUCUGUGACGGCCGCGACAACCCCUGCCUCGAACAUAGAAGAGGCUUCAGCAGAGGCCUCCCACAUCAUCUCCUCUAUGGGCGAGGUCCCUUCGGUCCCAGCUCCUCAAGACACGGAGGCACCCAAAGAACAGUGUGAAGAAUGCCAUCAACAUAGCCCCCCAGAGACGGCACUAAGCAGCGAAGAGCCUUCAGAACCAGGAGACGUGUUGACGGCACCAGAAGAACCUCUCAAGGAGCGGCCGGCUGAAGAAGUCACCGCUAGGAUAGCCCAGCAAGACCAGGCUGACCAGGACACACUCGCGUUUGUGUCGGACAAGCUUGAGGACUCCCUGGCCAGCUCAGCCACCGCCACACUGCAGGCCAUUGCAGCUCAGGAAGCUGCUCUCCAAGCAAUUCUGCAGCACACUCAGAAGCUGAAGGAGGCGAUGGAGACUGAGGUCUCCGCUGAGCAGAGGUCUUCCCACUGGAAGGAUCUAGAAGAUGCUGUAUGUGCACGAAGUCGCAACGUAGAAGAGGCUGGAGCAGCUCUAGUGCAGGCCAGAGCCUCUCUGGACUCCCUCCGGGCAGUGGUGGAUUCGGCGAAGGACUCCAGGGUGGCGGCGCUCCGCCCGAUGGUCCUUGCAGCGGAGGAGAACCUCCACAGCAUGACGGUGGACCUGGACCGGGCCGUUGAUAAGGUGCAGUCUGUGGAAUCGGAAGCUAAGAUCGUCUCCCAGUACAGUGAACUGGUCAACGAGGCCAAGCAGCAGUUCCAGAGGGAGUUGAGCAGCAUCACUCCAGAGAUCCAGGCCAAUUGGAAAGGACUGUCCGGCACGUUGUCCGUUGAUGAUCUCAACGCGCUGAUCGCCCACGCCCACCGUCGCAUCGACCAACUGAACCGGGAGAUGGCGGAGCAGAGGGUUCGCGAGCAGGUUCACAUCGAGGCGGCGCUGGAGCAGCAGAAGUUGGAGGACCAGAAGGCCUUGGAGAAGGCCGUCAGUCUGGCUGUGGAACACAACCUGGAGAGAGCACGGCUAGAACAAGAGAGGAAGCAGGUGGAGCUGAGGGAGGUGAUGGAGGCGGAGAUGAGGACGCAGCUCCGCCGACAGGCUGCCGCCCACACCGACCACCUCCGAGACGUCCUGAAGGUCCAGGAGCAGGAGCUACAGGCGGAGGCUGAGGAGGUGCUGAGCAGUAAGAUGAUGGAGCAGGAGACGCGCUACCGCCAGCUGACCCAAGAGCAACUGGAUAACUUCACCCUGGACAUGAACGCUGCCUACGCCCGUCUGAAGGGGAUGGAGGAGGCUAUCGACAGUCAUGUGAUCGCAGAGGAAGAGGCUCGUAAAGCCCACCAGCUGUGGCUCUCGGUGGAGGCGCUGGGCUACACUUUGAGGAGCUCCAGCCUCGACUCCCUGACCCGGCCCCUGGAGCCUGCCGCCCAGGCCAUCAGAGAGAGCUGUCAGGACGAGUUUGCCGUGGCGCUGGCCGCCGCGCUGCCGGAGGAGUCGCUGCAGCGUGGUGUCUACAGCGAGGAGUCGCUCCGCGCGCGCUUCAACGCCCUCCGCUCCCUGGCGCGCCGGGUCGCCCUGGUGGACGAGUCCCACAACUCGUUGUACCAGUACUUCCUGUCCUACCUCCAGGCCGCGCUGCUCUUUGAGGAGAGGCAGGAGGCCCCACCCGCUAAGAUCAGCAGUCAGGACUUGGACCCCUUUAAGAUCCUCUCCUAUGCCAGUUACAGCCUGGAGCAGGGGGACCUCGAGCUGGCUGCCAAGCUGGUGAACCAGCUGAGAGGAGAGGCCAGACGAGUGGUUCAGGACUGGCUGGUUGAAGCCAGACUGACCCUGGAGACUAAACAGGUGGUGAGUCUUCUGUCUGCGUAUGCUAAUGCCGUUGGUUUGGGGACCACCCAGGCUCCAUAGUUCUUCCUGAUACUUUACCAAUACAUUAGUUUUCGAGGCAUUAUCAUAAUAAUCACUCAAAGGAUUCUUUCUUUGCUUUGUGUUACUUUGACUCAUAUUUGAGAAUGGUAUCAAUGCAGCUGAUCUGUGUCGUGCUGAGGUUGAUGUUUCCUGAGAUGCAAUGCAGCCAAAUGUCUCCAGGUGUUUCUGGAUGUUCAGAUGUGAAACGUAUUACUCUUAAGAAUGGGUGUGUUCCAAUAAAUCAUAGACAACAAUUAGAGGGGUUUUCUCUACUGUUAUUAAUGCACAAUUUAUGCAGAUGUGUUCUAGCCUGUGGUGUCUCAGGCUGAUGAAACUUGAGCAUAUGGUAUUCACAAAUUGGUGCAUAAAGUAUCCUAACAUCUUAUUUGAAAUAUGAGCUCAAACUUGAAUGUUGCAAACAAAAUUAUUGAUAUCCCAUUUUUUGAGGGAUCCAUUUGAACCUCCGUCCAUGAAAUACAAAAUCUUAGUUUUUCUUUGCACUAAAAUUAUGAAUUAACUCGAAUGAGUCUAAGAAAUGUUAUAUGCCGAAACGUUUGGUAUUAACAUACCCGAUUAUUGCAUCUCCUCCUAGUUGUAAGAUUUGCUUUAUGUCGACAGCCAUUUCAAAACAUUGCAAAACUGUCUAGAGAUAUUCUAAUCAAAGCGGUUGAUGUCCAUAGGAGAAUUGUUUUUGUUCCAGGUGCAUAUAUAAAACAAGAUUGUCAACACUUCAUAUGGUAUACGAGAAAAUGAUAUAUAAAGCACACAAAAAAUAUGCCAUCUUCUGUGUGGCUGGUAAAAAGUAAUUAGUGCAGAUCUGGGCGGAGCUCGAGGUGUCUGGUCAGCAGCUGGACGCUGGGGGGCAUCCGGAGUCCAGGGACCUGUUCCUGAAGAGCUGGCCCCAGAGGAGACGGGGACUGCCGGAUCUUCCCCACUCCUUUCAGUCCUGCAGGUCCGGUCGUUGAAAAAACACUAACAAAAUGAGAGGUUGUGAAAGCCGACUUAAUAUAUUAUCUCACACACAAGUAACUGCAAAGAACUCCUGUUCUGGAAUCAGGCUCAGCACGCCAAGGUUGAACUACAUAACAUACAGGUGAAGUUCAACAAGGAGUCGGGGAAAGUCGCCCGCCUAGUAUUGGACGGCAGCGACAGUGGGAAGUGAGAAGCGUUCGUGUUACAUUUCCGAGAUGUGUGGAUCCCUCCUACAUGCACUGACCAAUCACAGCACUAUGUAUCGGGGCUCCUGAGGAGGCUCCUGAAGAUGGUGAGGAUGAGGCUCGCUCUCCCACCAAGAGUCGACCAUACCCACAUUCUAACAUGACUCCAGGAAGCUCAACCACUAGGUGUCAGCAGGUACUUGAAGCUGGGUGAUCUUUUAGUGGACGAGUUGCAAGGUCUGAAGGGGGGCUUUGGUCAGAGCCCCUGCCCCUCAUAAUCUGCAUGGCCCUGUAAAGCACAAACUUCUAUCCGCACUAUGUCUCAGGCUCUAGGCUGUUUCCCAAAGUGAAGGCUGCAGCCUUGCUAGGAAGCGUCCUUGCUACUCGCGUCCUAUGGAGAUGAGACUAGAGUGCUAGCUCGAGUGCUUCCUAGCGUUUGUAACGUUCAGACUUUGGAACGACUUGGUAGUGUGGAAGCGCUUUCGAUUCCGCUUUUUAAUACUGCGUGUCCGCUUGUAAACACAUGUGCGCUUAUGAAUAAAACAUGGCAGCAAUCAAGCUGAUCGAUAUUUAUUUGACUUUUGUCUGUUAUGAAUGUGGUCAUGUCUCCUUCGCAUGGAGCCUCUUUGGGGAAGUCAAAAGCUUUGUUGCGGUUGAUCGAAUCGUCUUUAUGAAAAGGAAAAUCCAUUCAAUUUUUAUAAAACUAAGUGAAAUGUUCUGAGAACUUAAUUCAUGCAACACAUUUACAGUACGGUUGAUUACUAUUAUGCAGGGGGACAAAGAAAGAGAUGAUAAACAUGUAUUUAUUUGGAUAUAUUAUUUAACUGAUCUGAUUCAUUCAUUCAUAUAUGCCUACAAUCUACCAGUGCUUUGAACACAUA